GGCUUUGUGGAGCGCUGCGGAGGGGACGCGCCUGGCCGCCGCAGCCUAACAAAGAAGUGGGGCCCCGCCGCAGGGACCCAUCACCCACCUCUGGGCCGCGCCGGGGGCUCUCCUGCGCGCCGUCACCAUGACCGCCAACGGCACGGCCGAGGCGGUGCAGAUCCAGUUCGGCCUCAUCAACUGCGGCAACAAGUAUCUGACAGCCGAGGCGUUCGGGUUCAAGGUGAACGCGUCGGCCAGCAGCCUGAAGAAGAAGCAGAUCUGGACGCUUGAGCAGCCGCCCGAUGAAGCGGGCAGCGCGGCUGUGUGCCUGCGCAGUCACCUGGGCCGCUACCUGGCGGCGGACAAGGACGGCAACGUGACCUGCGAGCGCGAGGUGCCCGGCGCUGACUGCCGUUUUCUCAUCGUGGCGCACGACGACGGCCGCUGGUCGCUGCAGUCCGAGGCUCAUCGGCGCUACUUUGGUGGCACCGAGGACCGCCUGUCGUGCUUCGCGCAAACCGUGUCGCCGGCCGAAAAAUGGAGCGUGCACAUCGCCAUGCACCCGCAGGUCAACAUCUAUAGCCUGACCCGCAAGCGCUACGCGCACCUGAGCGCCAAGCCCGCAGACGAGAUCGCGGUGGACCGCGACGUGCCGUGGGGCGUCGACUCGCUGAUCACGCUGGCCUUCCAAGACCAGCGCUACAGCGUGCAGACCGCCGACCAUCGCUUCCUGCGCCACGACGGGCGCCUGGUGGCGCGCCCGGAGCCCGCCACCGGCUACACGCUCGAAUUCCGCUCCGGCAAGGUGGCCUUCCGCGACUGCGAUGGCCGCUACUUGGCGCCGUCCGGGCCCAGCGGCACGCUCAAGGCGGGCAAGGCCACCAAGGUGGGCAAGGACGAGCUCUUCGCCCUGGAGCAGAGCUGCGCCCAGGUCGUGCUGCAAGCGGCCAACGAGAGAAACGUGUCUACGCGCCAGGGUAUGGACCUCUCGGCCAAUCAGGACGAAGAGACGGACCAGGAAACUUUCCAGCUGGAGAUUGACCGGGACACCAAAAAGUGCGCCUUCCGCACCCACACGGGCAAGUACUGGACGCUGACGGCCACGGGGGGCGUCCAGUCCACCGCCUCCACCAAGAACGCCAGCUGCUACUUCGACAUCGAGUGGCGUGAUCGGCGGAUCAACCUGCGUGCAUCCAACGGCAAGUUUGUGACGGCUAAGAAGAACGGGCAGCUGGCCGCCUCGGUGGAGACAGCAGGGGACUCGGAGCUCUUCCUCAUGAAGCUCAUCAACCGCCCCAUCAUCGUGUUCCGCGGAGAGCACGGCUUCAUCGGCUGCCGCAAGGUCACCGGCACCCUGGACGCCAACCGCUCCAACUAUGACGUCUUCCAGCUCGAGUUCAGCGAUGGCGCCUACAACAUCAAAGACUCCACAGGCAAGUACUGGACAGUGGGCAGCGACUCCUCGGUCACCAGCAGCAGCGACACGCCCGUAGACUUCUUCUUUGAGUUCUGUGACUACAACAAGGUGGCCAUCAAGGUGGGCGGCCGCUACCUGAAGGGAGACCACGCGGGGGUCCUGAAGGCCUGUGCCGACACCAUCGACCCCGCCUCUCUGUGGGAGUACUAGGCCGCCCCGCCGCCCCGCCCAGGCCCCUGCCAGCUCUCCUCCCGCGGCUCUGCCUUGGAGGGCAGGCCCCUCGCCUCUCAAACUGGAAGCCCAGAGGCCCGCUGCCCCCUGCGGGUGCCCCGGGUGGGUCCGCGGCUAUGGCCGCUCUGUGGCCAGAUUUCCGUCCUUCUCUUCUCUCAUGGGCGAGGCUGGCACCUCUUUCUUCUGACCUCAGACAACUCUGAGCCUUAUUUCCCCAGAACUGGCCGAGAAGUGGGGAUCCAGAGGCUUGCCCGACCCCUGGGCGUGGUGGGGUGUGUAACUGGAAUCUCUUGCCCCUCCAGAGGGCCUCCCUGCUACUUCCCCAGGCCUGGGCACUUGCCCCAAGCCUGUGGGCGCCACCCCCUGCUGCACCAGGGGGAGCGCCUCAGGGUGGGGCCGAAACUGGAUGUGCUGCCACUUGCCCCUUGUGCACGGAGCAGGCCUGCCUACCACACACACGCUGUGGCCGGGGCCCUGGUCCUGUCUCUUCUCUCACCCUGGCCUGACUGGAAGCAGAAAAUGACCAAAUCAGUAUUUUUUUUUUUUUUUUUUAAAUGAAACAUUAGUAUGGAGGGGUCCUGGGCAUGCAGACCUGUUUGUGGCUGUGAAUGGUCUUCCCGGGCUGGGAAGUGGGGGUGUCAGGACCUGCUUCUGGUGAGCCUCUGCCCACUUAGGGUGGGGCAGGCAGGGUGCCUUCUGAGUCUAGAACCUGCCCUCCUCUCUCCCUGCUAGGGGUUCUCACUGGCCCCCUCCGCCCCCUGCCCAGCGUCCCAGGUCCGUGUCCCCCAGGUGGUGCUAGGCCCCUCACGUCUCAGCCAGAGCCCCAGGGGGUUCGGUGCUCCUCCCGCUGGAUUCCUGGGGUGGCAUGAAGCCUACCCUCAGCCUGGAGCCUGGGGGCAGCUGUCCAGCUCCCUGGUUCUCAGCUCCCAGACCCACCCACAGGUUUCCCCACCUCCACUUGUCUCUGCCAUGCAUCUCACUCUGGGUGUCUUGGUCUUAUAUUUUUUUGUAAGUGUCAUUUGUAUAACUAAACGCCCAUGAUAGUAGCUUCAGACUGGAAAGAGCAAAAUAAAACAAUGCGUCUGCGGCCCCAAGGCCGGC